AUGUCUGCGCCCUUGCGCGCUCAUCAUCCGCUACCGCCAUCUCAUCAGCAUCCUUCUCCCGCUCCCGUUGGCCAGCAGUCCUAUCCACUCACGUACCCGACAAGCCUUCCGUUCAUUCCCGGGCAUGGUCUUCUGCACCAUCCUGACAUCGAACGUCAAGAUCGCGUUCAAGAGGCUCUUACUCCCAUUCAUGAACACUAUCAUCCUCCGCAGCCUCAGCCGCAACAGCUGCCGCCUCACUCACCAGCGCAGCCGCGUUACCCUCCAUAUUUCUCAAGAGACCCCUUCAUACAGCGAGAAGACCCUGAAAACAACCGUUGCCAGGACUCGGCCAGCGAUGGCCUCGGCGGCAGCGAUGGCUCUGCGUCGCAUUUCUCCACCCCUCCCUCUCAUCCGCAUACUUAUUCUUUCGAGCCUCAGCACCAUGUCAACUACAAAUACAGGUCGCAGCCUACCGCGACAUAUUCGAACUGUCAUCACCCUGAGCCUUCGGCAUACAUGCAGCCUCGCCAAGCGGACGAAAGCCAGAGCCAAUCUGCCUAUAGUACAUUUUCCGGAGACCAACCGAUGGAUGGCGGCUUCACCGACAAAACUCACUCUGAUAUCCUCAAAGGCUUGGCCAUGAUGGAAACUCAGCUAACCACCCUUAUUCAACAGUUCCCGCGGAUGGACGAACGCCUCACAAACAUUGAAUCUGUGCUCGAAGCUGAUGCAAAUCUCAAACUGACCCCGGUGGCUAGGGGGAAGCCGACGACGGACGAUCAGCACAAGACAGGGCGUACAUCGUUCACCGAAGAGAAAGUCACCGAGUCCUCAUCGCAAGACGCCGUUGCGGCGGAUCCCGACCAAAUGAUCUGGCCCGAGGACGAAGUCGAGGCCAAGCCCGGCCCUCCGCCACCUCUAAGCGAGCCUGCCAUCCCUAUGAACCACACCACGCCAGCCGGUCUUUUACUGAACUGGCCCUCUAUUCGAGAGCUGACAAAGCAUCACCUUGAACGGGAAGGCUUGGGCUAUGUGGGAGAAUAUCCCAUCAGUCAAGAACGAAAUCGAGGUUUAUUGAUCUUGUACGGGCGUAGCGAGGACAACAGAAUGUCGCGAAAGAAGCGCAAACGCGAACAUGACCAGCAAAGUGUUGACAUGCUUGGCGUCUCUUGCGACUCUCCAUCAGCUUCCACGGCGACCGAAGCGGCGGAUUGGGGUACUGUGGGUCGCUCUAGCCUAUAUGAUCAGGUCGGUCAUCGAAGCGCUAUUCUCGGCCCCGAUGACGAUCCUGACUUUUCCGAGGCCAAGAUAUGGUCGUAUGUCAAGACAUUCGAGGAAAACAUUCUCAACAUGCAUCCAAUCGUGCAACCUCGGAUACUUCAUCAAUGGGUACGCCAGUUCCUCGAUUCUCUUCCAUUACCAAGAAGUCAAUACAGCAACAAGCUCAGCACGGCUUGGGCCGUUAGCAGCUCUAUGGAGUCUACUGGUUCGACGCGCAAGAAGCCAUCCCCGGCGCCGAACAUUACAGAGAUCUCAUCGGCGGCAUCAUCAAACCCCAGAAUAGGCCGACUAGAUCGAACGAUAAAUACGGCGCUCGUCCUGACCGUAUUGGCACUCGGGAAAGUAUGCCAGCAUCGAGACUAUGUGCCUGACGCCCUGUACAUGGUUGAUCCAAUGCUUCACGGAAACGGAAGUUUUCAUCUCAGUGGUACGCCUCCAUUAUCAAAGAGCUCGUCGCCUGGGGCUGUGUCGCGUUCGCAGUCAUCAAGCUUGGCUUCGCCUUCGAAUCAGGAUCAUCUAUAUCAUAGCCGCCGUUCUUCCCUGGCAGGCAAUACUCGACCGGGACUAUUGGCAAAGAAUUACGAGAACAUUCCUGGCCUGGAAUACUUUGCCUUUGCAACCGACAUCCUGGGCAACCACCACAGAUCCUACAACAACAUGAAGAACAUGUAUGCUUACAUCUUUGCUGGUCUCUUCCAAGGUCAACUCGGGCGACCUUUGGAGAGCUUAUCAUUCAUACAAAAGGCCAGUCAUAAGCUCCAGGUAAUCAUGAAACCCAGCUUGGAAAAGCUCAAGAGUUUCAAAACCACGCAAGAGUUUAUCAAAGAUACCAAGUGUAAUCAGCUUUCGUUGGCGUUCUGGACCUGCCUGCAAUUGGAAAGUGAUUUACUCGCUGAACUUCCUCUUCCACCUUCAGGCCUCUUGUGCUAUGAGAACGACAUUCCGCAUCCCAACAUGAGCUUGCUAGAGGGCUUUCUCAAGCCGGUUCUCGACAGUUAUCUCGGCCAAAUUUACCUGCGAACGCAUCUCAACAGCAUCCAUCGCAUGCUGUACCCGCCAGAAGACCUGACCAAAGGCGGCCGAGCGGAUAUCCCGUUCAAAAACGUCGACUUUGUCUCUGAUGCGGUUUCCGGAAUGGAAUGGGUCGCACCAAGCUUCGCCUUCAGGGAAGAUGAUCCUCCAGCCUCGGACAUUUUAUCCGCAAGACUCCGUGCCAAGUACUGGGGUGCUCAAGUCCUGACGUAUCGGCCUUUCUUGAGGCAAAUUUUACAGCUUUCGUUUGUUGAAAAUCAUUCGACCAAUGAACAACUGCCUUCAGUAAAGUUCCGCGCCGAGGUCGAAGCCCCGCAGUUGCUAGUUUUCGCUCGGAAAGCCAUCAAGGCUCUUAUCGAGAGCACAAGGGCUUUCCAUGGGCUUGGCGAGAAGCGGCCUAUCAUCACCAACGUCUUUGGCACUGCGCACGCGCAAUGGGGCAACUUGCUGGUCUUGUCUGCUGCGUUCAAAGAUCCCAUCAUGGGCAGAUACAUUGAUGAAAAGCUCCUGCGCCACUUGUUUCCAGAGACGAUUCGCUUUUUGCGUCAAUCUGCAACGGCCACGAGCUCGCUGCGGAUCGACAUGCACAUUCUCGAAGGAAUCCAAAAGGACUUCUGGGACAUUGAAACUUCCUAG